AUGUCUAACAUCGAAGAUAUUCUAAAAGCAACUGACGAUUUGACGGCAUUGUCAUUUAUAAACAUUCAGGAGCUGCUCCCUCACCGAAAUAGACUGGAGAACGCUUUGCGCAUUCUUCAAGAAAAGGUCGAUGCAACGCGUGCAAUUCAGUCCAAGCCCGCCGCAUCAAAUUCUUCCAGCGCAUCGAUUGUCGAAUCUUCGAACUUAAACGAGGCUCCCUGCCCACUUAACAGCUCCAACUCGCACCAUGAUGCUGAUCAAGGAGUACAAAAUGUUUUAUCUAUUUUGUCGGAAGAGAAGGUAUCAAAGAAAUUAGAGAACUAUUUGUCAUCGCCUAUUCUCGAUUUCACGAAGUCAAACGAACUCGAUUGGUUCGAAGAAGACCCCCGUUUGGUAGACAUCCGACUUUCGUCUCGUCCAAGCCCAACAUCUCAUGUGAAUCUCCGGCGGGGAUUGAGCCAAAGAUCGCUAGCUGUCGAGUAUGACGAGUGGGAAAAGAAUAAUUUUCAAACUUCCCGAGUGAUAGAGCUUGCACAACAUCCCGCGAGUUCUAAAUCUCGUCAAAGCCAUAUCAACCAGUUCGUUGAGGCGAAUAAGCAUCGUUUCAAAGACAGAAACACAGCUUUGCAUGGAAUUAAGCACGGAAUCAGGCUUCUUGUCUUCGAAAAGAUCUAUGGAUGUGCCGGCACAUCGUCAGUGUUCUUCUUCAUCUAUGGGUAUUUUCGGUCCGUGAAAUACGAGUUUUAUCCGGACCUGGCCAAAAGUCUUAAGCAUACUUUUUGGGAUCAGACUUCACAACAAAUUGGCAACAGCACCAAGCACAUUGGCGCAGAAAACGUCGACGAAGUGGCAGCACCGAUCUAUCAGAUCAUCAUUCACAGGCCGCAUGUGCACAAAGACCUCAAGAAAAAGUCACCGGCGAUGCGUGUUCUAGGGCCCACAGUCGGCCGAGAUUGA